CACUAUUGCUGAGUGGGUUCCUAAGAGUUUCCAACAUGUCACAUCAAAAAACAGUUCUUCCUACAGUGUCUCUCCUCCAGAAGACCCCCUCCUCUCCAGUGAGCUGUCAUGCUACAGGUUUCUACCCAGAGAGCGCUGUGAUGUUCUGGAGGAGGAGUGAAGAGGAGAUUCAUGAAGGUGUAGAACAUGGAGAGAUCCUCCCAAACCAUGAUGGAACAUUCCAGAUGAAGGUUGAUUUGAAUGUCUCAUUAUUUCGACUCGAAGAUUGGGAGAAAUAUGACUGUGUCUUUCAGCUCUAUGACAUCAGCAAUGACAUUAUAACCCCCCUGGAUAAGACAAUAAUCAAGACCAAUCAGCAAGAGACCAUCAACGUUGCUGUCCCUAUCGCUGCUUCAUUGGUGUUUGUUGUUCUCAUCAUCAUGGCAGUCAGUGCAUUUGUCACUUUCAGAUAUAAAGAUUCUUACAACAACACAGAGCUGCUGGAGGGCCUGAAUCAAGAAACUUGAUGUAUAACUAGGGUUUCGUCUCCAAGAAAUAUUUAUAUUAAAUAUUCUUUCAGCAAGACUGUGAGUGUAAAGGUCAUCUCUGCGGGCUGCAGAUUUAAUCUCUACAUGAACCAGUAAAGUAUCUGGGAAAAAAAAAACCAAGAUAUAUUGUUAGGAAAUCUCCAGUGUAAAGGAGAACAGAUAUUUAGCUAUUGAGCUAAAUACU